UUUACUACGUUUCUUUGAUGCCUUGCUUGUCUGUUUGCUCUUUGGUUUACGAGUCGAAAAAGCUUGCCGUCAGAAAGGCGCCCCCAACAUGCUGCUUUUCCAGCAGGUCUGUCUUUCCCUCGGGACGCAGUGACAUGAGAGCAGGACCUCGGUUCUGAUUUAAGAAGGGGGAUGAACAGCUCUCCGCCUGGAUUACGGUUGCUCAGGCCUCCGACAGUGAUAGGCCAGUUCCACACGCUGUUUUUUGGCUCAGUGCGUACAUUUUUCCUUGGAGUCCUUGGAUUCGCCGUCUAUGGUAAUGAGGCCCUCCACUUCAGCUGUGAUCCAGACAAAAGGGAAAUAAACCUUUACUGUUACAACCAGUUCAGGCCUAUAACACCUCAGGUAUUCUGGGCAUUGCAGCUAGUCUCUGUCUUGGUACCUGGAGCUGUGUUUCAUCUUUAUGCUGCCUGUAAAAAUAUAGACCAGGAGGAGAUCCUUCAGCGGCCAGUGUCCACAGUCUUCUACAUCAUCUCUGUCCUGUUGAGAAUAAUUCUGGAAGUCUUAGCAUUUUGGCUUCAGAGCCACCUUUUUGGGUUCCUGGUUGAUCCUACUUAUAUGUGUGAUGCCAGUGCCCUUGCAAAGAUCUUCAACAUCUCGAAGUGUAUGGUCCCUGAACACUUUGAGAAGACUAUCUUCCUCAGUGCGAUGUACACCUUCACCAUCAUCACCAUACUUCUCUGUAUCGCUGAGAUUUUUGAGAUUCUGUUCCAAAGACUCGGUUAUUUAAACCAGCCAGUGACUUGAGAAUUUAGGAAGUGUUUUGAGUGAUGCUUCAGCAGUGUUUGUUUUAUGUGUUCUCUGGGUCUCUGAAUGACAGACAGGACAUAAACCCACAUACCUCUGCAUUUCUUGGUGGUAGACACAGGAUGCUUUUUUAAAACAAGACAACUUAUUCCUUUUCUGGAAUAAUCAAAACAAAACAAGCCUACUUAAUGGCAAGGGACUCAUUAAUCUUUUUAGCUUUUCAGAUUUUUUUAAGCCUAAAAAACACCUCUCUAGCAGGAGACACUCUUUUUUUUAAACUUGUGUAAUCUAAUCCAA